AUGGUUGGUCCAUUUUUAGAGUUUAAGGGCAAAUCAGAUAAAUCAAAGCGAGAGGGGCAAAUCAGGCUUUUCCUCAAUGAAGAGGAAGAAAAAAAAAAUAGUCACUCCGGCCCUUCCCACCAUUCCACCACAGUAGAAGAAGAAUCCCAGCAAUCGUUCACAACACUAGAAACGGCGGAGAGCACGAACGCCACCGUUCCCGUCGCACGCGAGGUUCCCCCUCCUCCCGCCGUCGCCCCCGCCGCGAGCGACGUUCCCCCUUCCGCCGUUGCCGUGAUGGAGGCGGCGGAGAUGGAGAUCGACGACGACUUGCCCGAGGUCCCCGACUGCAUAGCGUCGAUGGUCGACCGCAGCGGCAGCGUGGAGAGCAAGCGCCUGUUCCUCGCGCGCCGCACGGCGCUGGAGAUGCUGCGCGACCGCGGGUACUCCGUGCCGGAUGAGGAGAUCGCCCGCACCCUCCCUGAGUUCCGCGCCUGGUGGGGUGAGAAGUCUGAAAUCGAACGCCUCGCCUUCACCACCACCCUCGUCUCCGACCCCUCCAAGAAGGUACAAAUUGUAUUCUGCCCACCAGAGCCUGUCAAAAUUGCAACUAUUCGAGAGAUAUAUCGACAGACAGAAGGAGAGAACUUGUCCAGACUGAUUCUGAUACUACAGAGCAGAAUAUUAUCUAGAGCUAGAGAGUCUAUCAAGGAGAUCUUCAAACUUAAAGUAGACAUAUUCCAGGUCACAGAGUUACUGGUAAACAUUACUAAGCAUGUCCUGAAGCCCAAGCAUGAAGUGUUGAGUGCAGCUCAAAAGGCCAAACUCCUCAAGCAAUACAAUGUGGAGGACUCACAGUUGCCUCGCAUGCUAGAGACUGAUCCUGUUGCUCGCUACUAUGGCCUUGACAAGGGAACUGUGGUUAAAGUUAUAUAUGACAGCGAGCUUACUGGGAAUCAUGUGGCCUAUCGAUGUGUUUUCUGAAGAAAUAGAUUGAUGAAUUCAUCUGUUUCCAUGGAGGAAAGUUGGUAGUGAUCUGUUAGCAAACAUAGCCUCACGGCUACUCUGUUGAUCUAUGUGACACCUCUUUGCCUGACUUACCUGAAUGUAGUUGGGAAAACUUGCCCCUUAAAAUUGUUUGUGGUAUUUAAGAUGUUCCUUGAAAA